CGGACGACAGGCUUGGAAUUGCCACAAAGAAAGCCGAAAAAAUGAUACAAAUUGAUAAAAUACAGUUAAAAGCUAUGAACAUCUUGUAGUUGCAGUGGUGCAUUUAGUCACUGUGAAAUAAUACCCAUUGACUCCACUGCGAGCCCUGCACUUCAUGAGCCGUUUUGUGAGUGGCGCAUUCCCCAGGUGCUUUCUGCGCUUCCGUAGAUUGCCGUAGCUCGGUCGGGAGUUCCGGCCAGACGCCGUUCGAUAGCCUCGGAGCUUGAAACUUGGUUUAUGUAGAUGAGAUUCGAGGUGUAAAUGAUACAUCCAGGUGUGUAUGUCCGUAUGCACUUUUAGGCUAUUUAUGUAGAAUAAUAGGCCUAUAAUUUGGGCCCUACACACGUGCCGACGUUGGCCAAUUAGCAGACCGACCAACCGGAAUAUGGGACAUACGGCAAAGUUAUCGAAAAGGAUUAAAAAACGAGAUUGAUUGAGUUUUAUUUGCUUUUUUUAGUUGGUUCAUAUUUAUUAUCAUCAAGUUCCAUCCAGUUACUCGUUCCUCAGUAGUCUUCACCACGGCUAAUGACUUCCUUCACGGUAGGUCGGAUCAGAAUUGUCUGCGUAUUCAAAUUAGCAUCCCAGCUGCCGCAUCUCGUCUGCAUUUCAUUCAUAAACUUACGUGCUCGUACUGGGCAGUGUAAGAGCCCUUCUUAUCCACCAACGGCGGGUAAGCCUCGACAAUGCCAGCGUUGACAAGACUGUUGAGCUGUUGCGUCUAGGUCAGCAGGGUUCCCGUUCAUCAAGGUGGGGGAGACUGCCCCCCACCCCCCAAGAGGCAUAACUUACUCCCAAAAGAUACUUCUCCUGGCCGAUACGGUCUAGGUAGCGUCUGCAGAAAGGCAGUGUGUUGAAGUUCUUGGUGAUUACGUUGAGCAGGGACUUGGCCGAGCUCAGUCGCAGAUCGACCUUUGGCGCAUCAGAGUUCUUAGCAUAGUGGGAGCAUUCUCCCUCAUCAACAACUCGGCCAAUACCAGUGCUGCCAAAGGUUUCAAUGGCAAAUACAUCACCUUCCUCCAUCUUGGUCUGGUCGUCGCUCUUGAUGAUGGGCACCGACUUGGUGCCGUGGAUGCUGUAGGGUAAGAUGUUGUGGCCGCACAGGUUGCGGAUCGACUUGACGGGGAAUGUCUCGCCGUUAAUUUCCACCUCGUAGCUUUCCAUAGUCUCCUGGAUGACGGCACCAAUCUCGCCAAGGCGGGCAUCGAUACCGGCCUCAGCAAUACCAGCGUUGGUGGCGGCCUUGACGGCAGCCAGCAGGUUGUCGUACUUGGGCUCAAACGCCAUGGUAAAGGCCGAGUCGACGAUGCGGCCGUUGACGUGAACACCGAUAUCCACCUUCAUGACAUCUUCCUGGCCCAGGACAACCUUGUUGCCCAUGUUGGGGGUGAAGUGAGCAGCGCAGUGGUUGAGACUCAGGCCGGUAGGGAAACCCAUGCCGGCAACGAUGGCAUCGCCCUCAGUAAGGCCGUCGUGGCCUGUCAAGGCGCGCACGCUGUUCUCAAUAAGCUCGGCGACGUCGGUAAGGUUCUGGCCGGGACGGAUCGUCUUCUGGGCAUACUGUCGAACCUGACGGUGGAUCUCGGCGGCCUCGCGGUAGUCGGUGAGGAAGUCGCUGUUGAGGUUGUCGAGGUGGCGCUUCUCUUCAUUCGUAGUUCGGAAGCGGUUCUCGUCCUUGUAUUCGACCUCCUCGCCCUUGGGAAAGUCGCUCUUGGGGAAAAGCUUCUUCAUCUGGACGGUAGGAGGCUCGGUCUGGCUGGUGGGGUUCUUCUUCUUCUUCUUGGGCUUUCUCUUCUUCUUCUUCUUUGCAGCACCGGUACCGGCUUCGUCGCCACCGUUGGCAGCAGCAUUGUCGUCGACGUCAUCGUCGGAAUCGUCGCCCGCAUCGCCAUCCUCGGGAGCGGCUGUCUUGGAGGCGGCGCCGUUGGUAGCAGUGCCUUCGGAUACUGUGGGAUGAAUUAGCAGGUUGUAGACAAGGGAAAUUACUUGAUACAACAUACCCUUGAGCUCCUCCAGAGCCUUAUCGGGGACCUGGGCAGCCAUGUUGGAUUCAAUAAUGGUGUGAUGUCAGAGGUUGGAGCCGCUGCGGCGCAGGCCAUGAAAUUUUUAAAGUAGCCCAUACCCCGCCGUCCGCCAGUGGCCGCCCCAGAUUGGCUAAGCCGUUGUGCAUACAAAUUACAGUGGCACGUGAGAACAAAUAGAGCUCUCUGGAUACAUUGGUCCUGCGUUUAAUGCUAUUAUGGGCGAAUUUUGAAUUCCAUUGAGGCUUAACGUCUUAUCAAUAUCAAGUACAAUAAUUAUCUAGAUACCACAAUGCUGUUGCCUAAAAAGCACCACCGACGCCCAAGCUGCCAAGCGGGGCGUGGGGCCGACGUCGCGGGGUUUGGUCCGGUUCUCAACAUAACUCAACCAAACCUCGCAGCAGAAAAAGGCUCUCUUUUACAGCAAAACUCUGUAAAUUAAGGAUGGAAGAACAGGUUCAAAGACUGGUCGACAAGACCUGGGCCAAGUUCCAGGCUACGCCGCCUGAUCAACGCCUGCUUAUUGGCGUGUCGGGCAUUCCGGGAUCUGGCAAAACAACCUUUAGCAAGAUUAUCGUCAACAGGCUCAAUGGCAUUGCCAAGCAGGCUUCUCCAGACUCUCCAGCUCCGGCAACCUUCCUGCCCAUGGAUGGCUUUCACCUUACAAGAGCUCAGCUAAGCGCAAUGCGAGAUCCAGACCAUGCGCACGCCCGUCGAGGAGCCCAUUUCACUUUUGAUGCAUCCAAGUUUCUAUCAAUAGUGCAAUCACUUCGUUUGCCCCUUGGUGAACCUAUUUAUGCUCCAUCUUUUGAUCACGCCGUGAAAGACCCGAAGGACAACGAUAUUGUCAUCCUGCCGACACACCGCAUUGUUAUAAUCGAGGGCAAUUAUGUAGCCCUAGACAAGGAAACCUGGCGAGAAGCAGCUGUCCUUCUUGACGAACGCUGGUUCUUCGAAGUCGACUUUGAGGUAGCUCGCCAACGGUUACGCGAGAGACAUGUUAGAGCUGGCAUUGCUCAAACCAUAGAAGAGGGAGAUAAAAGGGCCAUGGAAAAUGAUCUCGUCAAUGGCAGAGAAAUCGUUGAUCAUCUACUAAAUAUUAACGAGGUAGUCAAGAGCACAGCAGACGAAAGUUGGGCAGCGACUUAGAGAUAUCAUAGAACAAGAAAGAAUACGCUUAAAACUAUCGAAUUGAAAUACGUGCUAUGCAGCAAUUGGUAUCGCAGUGGUUAAUAUUUAUCACUCAUAAAAUGCUUUCAUUUUGUCUCGUUAGCAGCAGCCGCAACUGCGUUCUUAAUUUGGGGGGCCAUGCUGAGGCCAGUCCCCUUCCUUGCUGCGAGAGCAGCCGCCCAUCUCUUGGAAUCUUCAAUGGGCUUGCCCUGGCCAUCAAGACCAAGGACUUCCAUGAGUUCCGGGAUCUCGGCGUGGUCUCUGGUGUUCUUCAUGCGGUGCGCCCAGGUAACCCUCUUCGUCUCCCGGAAGUGCGUAGCCUCGUUGGCGGUUGCUACCGAUCCGUCCAACGUGUUACCCAGGGACACAGUCUUAUCCUCCAUUGGAGUACUGACUGGCGUGGUAAUAUCGACAGGUUCAAAGAGGAACUCGCCACCAACCUGACGUUGGUCUCCAGACUUGAAUGUCAGGCCCUUGGGGAUGGAUUUCAAAGCCUGCUUCACACCUAAGAUGGUGGUUUGCAGAAGGCUGUUUUUCAUGUAUGCCGGUCGCUCGCCCAAGCUGAGAGUCUUGAUCAUGCCGAGGGCAUUAAACAGGGCAUGCUGCGGAUCGGUGUAGAUGGGAUACGGGCACUUGGUGGCAUCGCGGUACAUGCUGAUCAAGGCAGGGUCACCGCAACCGAUUACCGCAAUGAAGGUGCUGAUAGGGAGCGCCAGGAGCGCCUCCGGGGUGAUGGAUUCGGAAAGCAUCUCGAGAUAGUUUUGACAGUUCUAGAAAAAAGAGAACUACGUGUCAGUGCAUAAGAGUUAAAAAUAGCGAGUAGCGAGGGAGGGCUUACUCCGCAGAAGAAGUGGCGGACGAAGAUUAGGAGAACUCUGCGCGGAGAGUUGGGGCCAUUAUAGAGGCUCUCAAACGUAUGAGACUUUCCAUCACUGUCGAGCACUACAAAGCUGUUGAUCUUUUCGAUUGUCUCGGCCGAGGGAAUCUGAUUGGUUGUGUCGAUGUUUCCUUCGAAGUCUUCGGGCUUGGUCAUGUCCACGGCAACACUUGUAGUAGCAUCUUUCUCAACGACAGCAGCUGCCGGAGCUGGCGCAUCGGCCACUGGCUCGCUAGCAGCAACGGGUUCGACAACAGCGGUUGCCAUUUUGUAGCGGGGUCGGUGAAGCUGGUGAUGGGCUUGGCGGUUCGUCGGGGGGUGUUUGAUGCUAGUAUUUGUAGAUUUGGCCUAGACUAUGGUAUUGAUUCGUAGGCGUCUUUUGUAGAGUAGGAAGGCUG